GUCAACAGUCGUAACUUCGCAGUAUUUGUCGGCUGUUCUGGUGUUUAUUGGAUGCGUUCAUUUACGUUUUCCACUCUCUCCAUCACUCUCAUUCCUCUGUUUUUCUCCCUAUCCCUCUUUCUCUAUCUUGUUUCCUAAUAUUAUCAUUAUUGUUUCAAAAAUAUUUUAUUAUUGCGAAAUUAAUAUAAAUGCGAAUAUACAUACAUAUAUAUACAGUUGCAAUGUAUUUAUACUUCAAUGUGUUGUAAAUAUGGUUUAGUUAUUGUUAAUUACAUAUCUACAUGGACAAUUUUUAUUGAAAUAUGUGUGCUCCGCUGUAAUUGGUUUAAUUGAUAAUUAGCAUGAUAUAGUGAACGCAUUUUAAGAUGUGGUGGUUUAUUUUUAUUCUGAGUUAAAAUGUCCUAAAGUGAUUUUUAUUUUUAACGGGUGUUUGCGUGUGUGCGUGGAAUUUUGGUCUACUACGAUGGGUGCGUCAUCAGGAUUUCAUGAUUUCCGGUAAAUUGUAUAAAGUAUAUGUUAAGUUAGUUAAAUAAAUCGAAUAUCCAUGACUACAAUAAAGACAGAAAAGUUUCAGUGGAUUAAUCCCGAUAAUCACAGUAUAGCAGUUGAUGACCAAAAACAACCGGUGGUAAAUGAAAAUGGUGAUCUUAUCGUAUUGGACAAUGCAAGUGGAAAGUGUAUUGCAGUUCCUAACACGGAAGAUAUACUGGAAGUAUUUGGUUUCGGGUACGUUUCGCCCCCUGGAUCUCCCAAAGAUUCACCCGAACGUGAUUUAAAAUCAAUCGUUCAAGUUGUGACAGAAGCAGACCAACUUUUGUGGAGUAUGAGAACACCUUGUCAAAAGGAUAUUGAAGCUACAAGAGAAAUGUUAGCGCUAGUGGCUUCAAAAAAAUACCAAGACAUGUUUAAUGAUCAAUGUACUGUCAAAAUUCGGGUGUGGAAGCGGAUAUGCGAAGAAUUGAUGUCGAAAGGUUAUCGAAUCGCGGACUCUGUGAACGAAGGUGGCAUAAAAUGCCACCAAAAAUGGCGAAAUCUAGAGAAGUCAUACCGGAACUACCUGAUCAGCUCGACUGACCCGAACACAUCGGCUCCUAAAAAACCGCCGCCAUAUUUUGAAGCAUUGCACGACAUACUGAAGAGAAAAAAAAAGUACGCGAACGCGGUCACGUAUACACAGACGGUGGUUGUUGGCGAGGACAUGUUAGAUGCGGACACGGCAAAUAGCGUCACGGAUAGCAGUAUCCAAAACCAUUUGAAUUACUCUGACACGAUGGACGAAUUGGACGACAUGGACGCGCAGAACGACGACCACUGUUAUGUGGUCAACAGUUCGGGACAAGUGUCCAAGCGUUUCAAAAUGGACCCGCUGGCUGUAUGCUCGACCACCAGCGGCAAUAGCAACGGUGCUAGCAGUAAUGGCGGUGUCGGAUCGUCAUCUUACCGCAGGAACGUGCAGCAACCCGACGUGCUCGAACAAAUCCUUGAACGAUUGGUGGGGUUGCAGAAGGAUGCAUUGGCUGCGCAGGAUCGGCAAUUUGCCCGGAUGGAAAAGAUCAUAAAAGAUAACACGGCGCAGACCCGACGACUGGCUGAAGUCAUGAAUCGCCUGUUUCAGAACUCCCAGAACGAAGAUGAUAGCAAAAACCAAGAAAAGAUGUCUGGCAUGACUUCGUCUGACGCCGAAUGAUCGGCCGGUUACCGCUCGCUCAACAAACCCUAAAAUACAUGAUCGGCGUACUCUAGCGUAUUUAUCGUUGGUUGAGUCUAUUUACACCUGCGGUAUUCUUAUAGACUUCACGAUAUUUGAAUAAACAUUUCAAAGAUUUCCUUUUGUUUCCGUUUAUAAUAAUUCUUAAAUGUUUUUAAUGCAGUUAAUGAUACAUUUCGAUACCACCAAUAUCCACCGUACAACUUAUAAAUAUAUAAGUUACAUUGUUCCGAGACAGAGUAACUUCAGUUUAGUCUCCCAAUGUUUUAUAUUUUUUUCUCCAAAUAAUUUUUAAGUUAUUUAAAACUAUUUUAAUGUAUUUGUCUUUAGUAUAUAUAUAAAUAUAAUACCAUAUACCCACGUCAACGCGUUAUGUUUUGUCUGUUUCCAUUUUUAUUUUAAUAAACUGUGUCACAGAUUUGUACAAUUUA